AUGGAAGCUGGUUCUAGUACGACUCCUCCUAGCUCUUCCGUCGACAAAAACUGCAGGGAGCAACUGAUUCUUUACCUCCUUGACCACGCUGUCGAAUUAGUCAAUACUUUUGGAUGGCUAUGGAUACGGUUCUACAUUGCCUCCGGUGUUGUCGGCUUGAUCAUGAACGAGAUUCUGAAGCCAAUUGUUAUAUUCCUUGCAAGGAAAGCCUAUAACGUUAAUUGA